UAUCACCCCGCACCCCAACGGUACAAGUAAACAUCGAUUCUAACAAUAGCCUUGUUGCUAAAUGGUGAAAUUUGGCGCCAAAUUUUGACAGCUCAACAACAUCCUGCCAACCUCAGAGUAUGAUUAUCUAAUUGUUGGUCCCAGUGCCAACUUACAAAAUGGAACGACACCCAUUAUAUGGAAAGAAAAAAAAGAAAAGAGGAACUUGUCCGAACCCUCUUUUUGCUCAGUGGCUAGAGGAGUGGCGGGAUUCAGCUGCAGAAAAGGGCAUGAAAAGCCAGUAUACUUACGGCAAGGCUCUAAAAGCUCUACUGAAGUUUCCAUUGAAGUUGGAAAAUGGGAAGGAGUGCAAAGUUUUAGAGAAUUUUGGUGACAAGAUCUGUAAGAUGCUUGAUGACAAACUGACAGAGCACAUCGCCCAGUAUGGUACAACAGAUCCUGUAUCACUACCUGGGGAAGAGAGCAUACAGCAGUACAGUGCUGAUAAGCCAGACAGAGCAAAACCCAGAGAUGUGAACCCUCAGGAUAAAUCCCGCAUUAAAAAUAACCAUGCUAGAAAUGCAGGUGGUGCACAUGAACUCUCGGACAGUGACGUGGAUGAAGAGUCACAGCAACCAGCCAGGAAACGCCAGAGAUCAGGAAGGAAAAGUGGAGAGUAUGUACCUGCCUAUCGCUCUGGACCAUACGCUCUGCUGCUGACAUUGUACAGAGACACACAGUCCCCCAACUCAGUAGGUUACUUGACGAAGCCAGAUCUAAUAAGACAAGCCCAGCCACUGGCAGAGAAGUCAUUCACAUUGCCGGACCAUGGGUGCCGGUACACAGCCUGGUCAUCCAUGGGCACACUAAUCAAGAAAGGGCUCGUUGUCAAGGAAAGCAGCCCUGCAAGAUACACCUUGUCAGAGAUUGGCUGUCAACUGGCACACAGGCUGGAGUUUGUUGUGGACCAGACAGCAGGCAGUUGUGGGGCUGAUGUUCCAUUUAGAAUCCUGGACACCAUAGAUCCUCCAGCCCCACCCCCUGUUCCUACACAUACUGAGGCAGAUCAGUUCCAUGUUCCACGACUGACGAGCGAAGAUAAGGAACAGGCAGCAAGUAGUCAUUCAGUCAGGUUGGCCUACACCUAUGUCGCAGAUGACGGCAGAGACACCAUUUUGAAGGAUGAUGCUGUUGUUUCCAUUGAUGAUGAUAUAGGCGUGGGUUUCCUGGUACGAUGUGACUAUACACAGCUCCUUCAGUCUGGUGUCCGAUACAAACUGGAUACCUCAAGGCCACAGACUGACCGGAGUGUAUAUGUGUACCUGACCAAUGAGGCUGCGCUGGACACUGCCUCUGGACUGACCGAUGGUCAACUCGACGAUGGUUAUAAAGAUCCAAAAGGAAAGCAAAAGCCAGCGAGCAAAACCCAGAAAGCAAGCAGAGCUACAAAGCCUAAACAAACCAUGCCACAGUUACUUCCCCUGAUACAGAUGGACAUGAUGGCAGCUACUACAAGGCCAUGUACAGGGACGGAAGACAAUGUUGUUGUCCUGGACUCAGAAGAGAGCUCCCUGGAUUCACUGCCCUCGGUGUCUGCCAUAUCUGGGGCUAAGUUCUCCAAGCCAGCACCCAAAGCCUUCAGUGUAUUGAGCUCCAUGGAGACUGAGGAUGGCAGUUCCCAGGGGUCAAUCAAGAGUGUGGGCUCGACCGGGUCCGAGAUGUCAGAGCUUGCUACUCCAAUGUUUACUCUACGCCCAGGCCAGUUUGACAUCAUUCUGUGUAUAGAUAAUGCUGAAUUCUAUGGGCAAUCGAAAGGGAGCAGCAAGACGCUAUUCCCAGAUCUCGUUAAGAAUGGGGUGCAGUGUGACCUAAGGAAGCUACAUGUUGGAGACCUGCUGUGGAUCGCCAGGGAGAAAACCCCUCAAAAACUAGGAGAGUUGGGUCGAUCUGCGGCCAGGGAACUGGUUCUACACUACAUUGUAGAGAGGAAGAGAAUGGACGAUCUUGUCUCUAGCUGUAUAGACGGCAGAUACAAGGAACAGAAGUUCCGACUGAAGCUUUGUGGUCUUCAGCACCCGAUGUAUUUGAUAGAAGACCAUGGCUCCCUCCAACACUUCAGUCUGCCAGAAAACACCAUCAGACAGACAAUAACCAACACACAGGUGAUAGAUGGGUUCAAGGUAAAGAGAACGAAGGACGUGAAGGAGACAGUUGCCUUUCUGACAGUGUUUACUCGAUACCUGCAGGCACAGUUCAGGGGCAAGACUCUGUUCUCAUGUCCUCUGGAUGAGCUGAAGGAGGGCUGUGUGCAGGCUAACAUUGAAGAUUGCGAACAGAAACUGCCCGUAUUUGAGGAGUUCAACAAGGGAUCUGUUAAGUCAAAGGCACUGACAGUUCGUGAGAUGUUUGGGAAACAGCUGAUCCAGCUACACGGCAUGUCUGCUGACAAAGCCCGUGCCAUUAUAACUGCCUACCCAACACCUUCACACCUGUUUUGUGCCUAUGAGGGGUGUUCUACGCAGAAAGAAAGAGACAACUUGCUUGCAACAUUAAAAUGUGGAAAAUCUGCAAGGAACCUUGGUAGUUUACAGAGCAAACAGAUCUGCCAGUUGUACAGCACACCAUCGGCACUCUCGUGAGUCCCCGGGAACAACCAUCUGCACUCUUGUGCGUUUCCAAGACCAACCACCUGCACUCUAGUGAGUCUGCCAGACCAACCAUUUGCAGUGUUGUGAAUCUCCAGGACCAACGACCUGCACUCUGAUGAGUCUCCAGGACCAACCAUCUGCACUCUUGUGAGUCUGCUAGACCAACCAUCCGAAAUCUCGUGUAUCUCCAGGACCAACCACCUGCACUGUUGACAGUCUACAGGACCACCUACCUGCACUCUUGUGAGUCUCCAAAACCAACCAUUUGCAUUUCCCUGCCCAACACCUUAAGCUCAGCCAGUCUAGUCAACUAUGUGUUUUAAUAUUGACAAUUUGAUAAAGCGUGUUGGAACAGUUUAUCUUAUGUACUACUGGUAUAUGAUGUGUGAAUUAUUUUAUGUAAUUGUAUUCGUUAUUCAAAUUGUUGCAAGAGAAUAAAUAUUUUGAAAUACACAUGAAUGUUUUUUUAAAGAUGCAUAUAUGAUUUGUUAAGAUAUUCUUUAAAACAAGAUGAACUGUUAACUUCAGCUCUUCUUUAGUUCAAAUCUGCACAACUACAAUGUAGCUCCUAUAAAUCAACAUAACUUUCUUUUCUAUGGUUAUAAAAUAGGUUUUCAAAUGGGAUAAAAUUCUAGUCCAUCAUUAGUACUUUCCUGACAUUUUUAUCAUGAGGUCAUGUCUCUUCUAAUUGUAAGGGUCUGGCAAAAAUGUGUGGGUGCCUUAUGCUGUUAUAUUCACUCGGUCCGUCCGGAUGAUGAUGAUGAUGAUGAUGAUGAUGAUGAUGAUGAUGAUGAUGGCUUGUCCCAGCUGUUACGUGGCCAUGCAUUGGGUAAUUUAAAACAACUUGGCUUAACCGUUAGAAAUAAGAAGCUGACAAGUCACGGUCUAGACCUUAGUCAGUAAGCCAAAAGUCGAUGUCAAAAGUCAAGAUAAAAUUUAAAGGGCAUUUUAUGUCAAAACUCCAUGUAUUUGAGCUUGUCCAACUGUAACUUGGCCAUGCAUUGAGAUUUUAGAAUAACAUUACAAAAAACAUGAGCAAACAGUGUUUCAUGAAAUUCCUUUCAUGUUGGUUUGUCCCAACUGUAAUUUGGCCUUGCAUUGGAUUAAAAAUAAUAUGGUUCAAAUUAUCGCCUUGAAAAGCUGGCAUGAUCCUUGUCAGUAGGUCACAGUCACAUUAGGAUGACAUUGGUCAAAUGUACAUGCAAUAUAGCUUGCCAUCCAAGUUGUAGAUAACUAUUAAGUUUCCACAAAUUACAUUAUCAGUGAAAGAAGAUUGAUUAAACAGUGAGAGUCCAUAUUCACUAAAGCACUGAUAUUUAAUUGAACAACCUUCCAUAGAACUGAUAACUGAUGUAUGAACUGGAUUCGAUAAUGUUGCCUUUCGCCAACAAAGCAGGCGCUUUUAUAAAUAUUGUUCCUCUGAAUUAUGCCAUUGAAUGACUUAUUGCUGUGAAUUAACUACUGAUUAUUAUGUCUUAAAUUUUGCCAACAAUGUUGAACGGAAACAAAGCAUUUCCUUUCAAAUUGAUCAUAAUUCACAAGUUUGCUUAUUUAAAAUAGUAUUUAUUACUGAAUAUAUGCA